UAGUGACUAUAAGCAUUUCUCUUUCAUGACAGUCAAAUAACAAAUUUAUCUACGAACUAAUAUCUACUAUUUGUCUCCUUUUUUUGUUUUUCAAUAACAAACAUGCGGAUACAUAUACAGAAUCUAAUGAAUACGCCUCCAAUAUCUAUAGAGAAUAGUGAACAAUACAUACAAAUUAAUUAUUUAAUUAUUUUAAUACAAUAGAUUGUACGCUUGUUUGUUAGAAAUACAUUUGUUCUAUUCUUUAUAUUUAUUGUUAAAUAAUACUCUACGUUGCUUAGGGAAACUAUAUCUAUCUUAUGUAAUAGGUUAGAAACAAGAUUGAAAAGUGUUUUUUUUUCUUUUGAAAAAAAGAAGUGAAAAGAAUCUGUACAUCUUAAUGUAGACAUAUAUAUAUACAUAUACAUUAAUUGACAAACAUGACACAUGUGUAGGCGUAAUAUACACUUACCUAUCAAUUGUUUAAUAGAUUUAAACCACAAAGUACACAUUGUAAUAUUGAUAUCAUGGAACAUUUAACAAUUAUAUAAUCAUUUGUUUGUUUAAAACUCACUUUAAUGACCGCCUAAUUUUUUUUUCGAAUUUUAAAUGAUUUCACCUUAAUCAAUUACUUGAGUAACAUAUUUUUUCAAUUGUAAAACAAAACACAAAAAAAACACCGAAUGAAUUACAUGUUCCUAAGAGAAGGAUUCAUUUAUCAAAAAAAAGAUAAUUAGUUGUCAUGCAAAACUAAAAAAAUUUUUUUUUCGGAUUCAAUGAAUUCAACAUUUAAAAGUUCAUUAUUAACUAAAGGAAUUAUAAUCCCAUCUAUAAUGCCUUUAAUGAAGAAUUAUAGAUCAAGUCAAUAUCAUAAAGGAAAACAAUAUUCUUUUAAUGGAAUAUUUGUUUUAAUUUUAUUAAUAUAUAUAUUAACACUUAAUCAUAUCAAUGCAUUUGGAAAUAUGGGUUAUUGGUGGAAUCUAGGUCUUUUAUCUUGGAGAACAAUUCAUCAAAGUCCUGCAUUUCUACUAGCCCCCAAACCACUUUGUUUACGUGUUCAAGGUUUGACACAUUCACAAGCUCAGUUAUGUCAACGUUAUUUUGAUCAUAUGCCUGUGAUAAGUAUUGGUGCAAAAUUAGGCAUUUAUGAAUGUCAACGGCAAUUUCGAUUUAGACAUUGGAAUUGCAGUUCUGACAAUGAAGCUUCAGCAUUUGGUCCGGUAACUUUAACAGGUAGCCGUGAAGCUGGUUUUGCUCAUGCAAUAUCUGCAGCUGGUGUUGUACAUGCAUUAGCAAGAAGCUGUAAAGAAGCUCGAUUAUAUUCAUGUGGUUGUAGUAAAGCUGAUAGACCAGAUCAAUUGCAUCGUGAUUGGAUAUGGGGUGGUUGUGGUGAUAAUAUUGCUUAUGCUUAUAGAUUUGCCAAAGCAUUUAUUGAUGUUAGAGAAAAAGAAAAAAGUUAUCCAAGACAUUCAAAUGAAUUAGCACGUAUGUUAAUGAAUUUACAUAAUAAUAGAGCAGGUCGUUUGGCUGUCUACAAAUUAGCUUCUGUAGCGUGUAAAUGUCAUGGUGUUUCUGGAUCAUGCAGUUUAAGAACAUGUUGGACACAAUUGUCUCCAUUCACUCGGAUCGGUCGAUAUCUUCGUCAAGGUUAUGAUGAAGCUAUUAAGGUUAAAUUCAACAGACGUGGAACAAGACUACGUCGAGCUAGUAGACAAUUAAGUCGUAUCACACCAGAUCAUAUUACAUAUUUAGACGAAUCAUCAAACUAUUGUGAUUAUGAUCCAAAUACUCAAACUUCAAGUACAAGAGGUCGUGAAUGUUUACCAAAUAAUACAGAUCAAGCAAGUUGUGCUACACUUUGUUGUAAUCGUGGUUCACAAACACAAUUACGUGAAGUACGUGAAAAAUGUCAUUGUCAAUUCAAUUGGUGUUGUCGUGUUGAAUGUCAGACAUGUGUGAAAACAGAAGAAUAUCAUGUAUGUAAUUGAAUGAAUUUAAAAAUUGAAUAUAAUUUCAUUUUAUUCAAAGAAUAGUCAAUGAAUUCUUCUUUAAAUUUAUACAUUGUUUUCCUACGCAUUUCUACCUCAUCAUUUCUACCGUUUUUUGUUGGCAAAAAAGAAAGUGUUCAUCCUACUUACAAUGAAUAAUCUGUCAUCAAUUCAAUAAUGGAUCAUAGAAAUCAAAGUUAUUUCAAAUGAAACAUACAUUAUAUAAACAUAAUUAUUAUAAUAUUAUCAUUUAAUCAUAUUUUUUAAAUAUGUCAGCUUGUUUUUUUUUUAAAAACUAACCUAUUAAAGUUUAUUGUAUUGUUUAAUGUUUAUUUAAGUGAAUUCAAGUAAAGCAUAAAAUUCAUUUUUGGCAUUCAUUCAAUAGUUACAUCAUCAUAGCAGCAACACCAACAACAACAACAAAGACAACUAAACAUAUAUGGGUUGACUGUUAACAAUCUAUUCAUUCUCAAUCAUCAUUAAUCACUUUGAAAAAUUUCAAUACAACAAUAUACACAACUUGUAGAUAUACAUAAUGAAUAUAAUUUAUGACAUGAUAUUUUUGAAAUCAAAAAAAAAUAAUCAACAUUUGCAUUUCUUCUCUCUGUGGUUAUUCUUUUUUUCAAUUUUUCUUUCUUCUCUCUAUCUCUCUGUUACUAGUGUCUAUUCAUUUCAUUUUACAUUUUAUUUAUAUACAAUUUUUUUCGCAUAUGUAAUAAGUUACACACGUGAAUGAACAAAAUGUUGUUUGACUUAAAGAGAACAUUGAAUUAUAUAUUUUAAAAAAAAUUUUUUUUAAUUUAUUCUCAUUCUUAAUUAUCAUUGGUUAAUUUAAAUAGUGUACCAUUCAUAUUGACCAAUAAGGUUGCAUUUUUUUCGAAUUAUUAUUAAAUCUUACUAUAAAUAUUAAUUUAUAAUUUUUAAAAAAGACAAGUUUUCAUAAUUUAUAAAUAAAU